AUGACUGAAAAUGGACUUGGGCACCGGGAGAGGGUGCUUAACAUGGACACCAUGAACCCGAAUGUAAAGCGGGUUGAGUAUGCUGUCCGUGGUCCAAUCGUGCAACGUGCGGUGCAGAUUGAAAAGGAGCUCAAAGAGGUACAUUUUCAUGUGUCUACAAUUGGAUAGAGGCUUGCAAUAAUCACAACUUGUCAUUCAUUGGUCCUGCUGCUGCUUUCACAAACAAAGCUUUUGAGCAAGGGGCUGACCUUUUCCUUGAGAGAGAGUGGACCGCCCAGGUGACAUGGAGCAAAUUACUAGAUGUCAUCGUCAAUGAAGUUGCCCAUUAAGCUAAUGUAGCAGGCAUAAAAACUUGCCAAUUAGCCAUAAGAAGGUGACGAGUAGAGAUGAAAAGUGGAAUCCCCACCCACUGACUUACUCAGAAGCGUUAGCGAAGUGCCUCACUUCAACCUGGUCUCAGAGCAUUUCGUAUUAUUCUGUAUGUAAAUCCGAAACCAUCAUUUAGUAUUCAAUGUUACGUUUGGCAUGGUAUGUAUUCAUUUUUUAAUGUCCAUCAUUCAUUUCAUAUGAUAUGGUACUAAUUGCAAUUUGUACAAAAUAUGUUACGAAUUUGCAAACCGUACAAUAUGUUAUGGUAGCUAGGUUAUGGUGGCUAGGUAUGAAAAAUGUAUGCACUUACUAACUGUAAGUCGCUCUGGAUAAGAGCGUCUGCUAAAUGACUAAAAUGUAAAUGUAGGUGGUUAACACUAACUAACGUUAGCAAGCUAGCCAGAAUUCUUAACAUAUCAUACGUUUUGCAAAUUCGUAACAUAUUGAACAUUUUGCAAAUGUAUUAUAUGUUUAAAAAAAUAUGAAUGGAAUGUCUCGGUGGACAUACAGAAUAAUACAACAUGCUUUGAGACCAGGUUGAACUAAGAUGUUUAUCUAUUUGAAAGGAUAAAAUAUUCAGUGUUCAGGCCAGGGAGAUAUUGACAGCAUAUGAAUUAGGCUAUUCUAAUAUUUGGCCAGUACUUAAUAGAGGAGAAUCCUAGCCGAUUUUGAGUGCUUGAGAGACUGUUUUACAACCGGAGUAUGCAGUAUUGGUUUUACCAACUGCACACCUGUAUCAACUGCCUGUCGGCCAUUUGCGGUUAUAUCAUACUAAUUUCAGUUUGCCGGAUUUACAUUUACUAUGUUACGUCUAGUCUAUAACACCAGGCUGCUCACUUACACAACCCUGCAUGCUAAAUGAGUUGUGUCACAGACUUUCAGUCAACCUAUUCACUAUAAACUUUUAAAGCGUUGUGUGCACAAACACCGUCAAAUAGUGUAGCGCUGCAUAAUGAUGGUGAGUUUUGGGCGGCAGGUAGCCUAGCGGUUAAGAGCCUUGGGCCAGUAGCCGAAAGGUAAUUAAUUGCUGGUUCGAAUCCCCGAGCUGAAUAGGUGAAAAAUCUGUUCAGCAAGGCGCUUAACCCUACUUGCUCCUGUAAGUCGCUCUGGAUAAGUGUGACGCUGAUCUAUGAUAAGUGCUUUCCUUAGGAGAGAACACGAGUAGGCAAAGGAUAAUGGUCUUUGUGAGGGGCGGUGAUGUUCUCCUGGGCUGCACUGACACUAAUGCUAAUGCUCACUUGCUCUUUUGGAGACGCUGCAUUGUUCUCUCAAGGCAGUAGUCUCCUAAAGGAUUUCCACAUCUAGUGGAUUCACAUAUUAAUGCAAUGCAAUCAACUGAAAGGAGUGGAUGUCACUCACUCUUAUGGCCUGAGGUGGGGAUAAGAACCAAACGUUUCAGAGUAGACAUUGGAUUGGUUUAGAGUUGACAUUGGGUACAUUCCACAUCCCUCUUUUGUCUGUGUGAAUUGACUCCCUCCCUUGGGCUGGUCUGAAUCUGUGUGGAGCAGUCAGAGAUCCUAUUAAAUUACUUAUACUGAACAAAAAUAUAAACUUAACAUGUGAAGUGUUGGUCCCAAGAAAUAAAAUACCCCCACAUUUUUCCACACGCACAAAAAACGUAUUUCUCACAGUGUGCACACAUUUGUUUACAUCCCUGUUAGUGAGUAUUUUUCCUUUGCCAAGAUAAUCCAUCCACCUGACAGGUGUGGAAUAUCAAGAAGAUGAUUAAACAUGAUCAUUACACAGGUGCACCUUGUGCUGGGGACAAUAGAAGGCCACUCUAAAAUGUGCAGUUUUGUCACACAACACAAUGCCACAGAUGUCUCAAGUUUUAAUCAAGGAUCUCUCUGUACUUUGCUCCGUUCAUCUUUCCUGCGAUCCUGAUUAGUCUUCCAGUCAUGCUUCACUGUAGGGAUGGUGCCAGGUUUCCUCCAGACGUGAAGCUUGGCAUUCAGGCCAAAGAGUUCAAUCUUGGUUUCAUCAGACCAGAUAAUCUUGUUUCUCAUGGUCUGAGAGUCUUUAGGUGCCUUUUGGCAAACUCCAAGCAGGCUGUCAUGUGCCUUUUACUGAGGAGUGGCUUCCGUCUGGCCACUCUACCAUAAAGGUCUGAUUGGUGGAGUGCUGCAGAGAUGGUUGUCCUUCUGGAAGGUUCUCCCAUCUCAGCAGAGGAACUCUGGAGCUCUGUCAGAGUGACCAUCGGGUUCUUGGUCACCUCCCUGACCAAGGCCCUUCUCCCCCGAUUGCUCAGUUUGGCCGGGUGGCCAGCUCUAGGAAGAGUCUCGGUGGUUCCAAACUUCCAUUUAAGAAUGAUGGAGGCCACUGUGUUCUUGGACCUUCAAUGCUGCAAAAAAAUUUUGGGGCCCUUCCCCAGAUCUGUGCCUCUACACAAUCCUGUCUCAGAGCUCUAUGGACAAUUCAUUUGACCUCAUAGCUUGGUUUUUGCUCUGACAUGCACUGUCAACUAUGGGACCUUAUAUAGACAGGUGUGUGUGCCUUUCCAAAUAAUGUCCAAUCAAUUGAAUUUACCACAGGUGGACUCCAAUCAAGUUGUAGAAACAUCUCAAGGAUGAUCAAUAGAAACAGGAUGCACCUGAGCUCAAUUUCGAGUCUCAUUGCAAAGGGUCUGAAUACUUAUGUAAAUAAGGUAUUUCUGUUUUUUAUUUUUUAUAAAUGUGCAAAAAAUUCUAAAACCUGUUUUCACUUAUGGUGUAUUGUGGGUAGAUUGAUGAGGAAAAAAUUAAUUUAAUCCAUUUUAGAAUUAGGCUGUAACAAAAUGUGGAAAAAGUCAAGGGGUCUGAAUACUUUCCGAAUGCACUGUAGAUAACCAUAUCUGUGUAAUAACUGCAACUCUCUCUGUUUAUCUGCAGGGAGUUAAGAAGCCCUUUACUGAGGUCAUCAAAGCCAACAUCGGUGAUGCACAUGCCAUGGGCCAGAAACCAAUCACAUUUCUCAGACAGGUCUGUUAAUUGUUGUUCUAAACCUUUGGUACAUUUUAUAUCCAAGUGUCCCAUUAUUACAGAUGACUAUUUACUAAACAUUACUAGAUCUGCUUUGUUCCUGUCAGGUUGUAGCGCUGUGCGUGUACCCGGAUCUCCUAGAAGACGACAAGUUUCCAGAGGAUGCUAAAAACCGAGCACGGCGCAUCCUUCAGGCCUGUGGAGGGGGGAGUUUAGGUGAAACACCUAGUUCUAAUGUAGGCAAGCAGUGUGUACAUACUGUAUGACAAACAUUGGCUAAAUAUCCAUUGGACUUGUAAUUUUACUCCAGGUGCAUACAGUGCUAGUCCAGGCAUUGAGGUCAUACGACAGGAUGUGGCUAAAUUCAUUGAGAAGCGGGACGGUGGAAUUCCCAGUAACCCUGACAACAUCUAUCUCUCUACCGGGGCCAGUGAUGCCAUAGUGGUAAGAAUGAUGAUGACAACCGUACUUUAUUUUAAUUUCUGGUCAAUGGCAAUUGGAUCUACAGUACAUGAAUCUCCCCUUCCGUCCUUUCUACCUCCCUCACAUCUCCUCCCUCUGUCCUGUAGACCAUGCUGAAGUUGUUGACGUCAGGCGAGGGGAAGACCCGUACAGGGGUGAUGAUCUCCAUCCCUCAGUACCCCCUCUACUCCGCUGCUCUGGCUGAGCUGGCGGCUGUCCAGAUCAGCUACUACCUGGACGAGGACAAGUGCUGGAGCCUGGACGUCGAUGAGCUGAGGAGGACUGUGAAGGCAGCCAGGGAGCACUGUAACCCCCGCGCCCUCUGCAUUAUCAACCCUGGCAACCCCACAGGUACAGUACCAGUCAAAAGUUUGGACACACCUACUCAUUCAAGGGUUUUUCUUUAUUUUUACUAUUUUUGACAUUGUAGAAUAAUAGUGAAGACAUCAAAACGAUGAAAUAACACGUAUGGAAUCAUGUAGUAACCACAAAAGUGUUAAACAAAUCAAAAUAUGUUUUAUAUUUGAGAUUCUUUAAAUAGCCACCUUUUGCCUUGAUGACACCUUUGCACACUCUUGGCAUUCUUUCAACCAGCUUCACCUGGAAUGCUUUUCCAACAGUCUUGAAGGAGUUCCCACAUAUGCUGAGCACUUGUUGGCUGCUUUUCUUUCACUCUGUGGUCCGACUCAUCCAAUCUCAUUUUGGUUGGGGGAUUGUGGAGGCCAGGUCAUCUGAUGCAGCACUCCAUCACUCUCAUUCUUGGUAAAAUAGCCCUUACACAGCCUGGAGGUGUGUUGGGUCAUUGUCCUGUUGAAAAACAAAUGAUAGUCCCACUAAGCCCAAACCAGGCGGGAUGGCGUAUCGCUGCAGAAUGCUGUGGUAGGCAUGCUGGUUAAGUGUGCCUUGAAUUCUAAAUAAAUCAGUGUCACCAGCAAAGCACCCCCACACCAUAACACCUCCUCCUCCAUGCUUUACGGUGGGAACUACACAUGCGGAGAUCAUCCGUUCAUCCACACCGCGUCUCACAAAGAUACGGCGGUUGGAACCACAAAUCUCCAAUUUGGACUCCAGACCAAAGGACAAAUUUCCACCGGUCUAAUGUCCAUUGCUUGUGUUUCUUGGCCCAAGCAGGUCUCUUCUUCUUAUUGGUGUCCUUUAGUAGUGGUUUCUUUGCAGCAAUUCGACCAUGAAGGCCUGAUUCACACAGUCUCCUCUGAACAGUUAAUGUUGAGAUAUGUCUGUUACUUGAACUCUGAAGCAUUUAUUUGGGCUGCAAUUUCUGAGGCUGGUAACUCUUAUGAACUUAUCCUCUGCAGCAGAGGUAACUCUGGGUCUUCCGUUCCAGUGACGGUCCUCAUGAGAGCCAGUUUCAUCAUAGCGAUUUUACGACUGCACUAGAAGAAACUUUCAAAGUUCUUGACAUUUGCGUAUUGACUGACCUUCAUGUCUUAAAGUAAUGAUGGACUGUCGUUUCUCUUUGCUUAUUUGAGCUGUUCUUGCCAUAAUACGGACUUCGUCUUUUACCAAAUAGGGCUAUCUUCUGUAUACCCCCCCUACCUUGUCACAACACAAAUGAUUGGCUCAAACGCAUUGAGAAGGAAAUAAAUUACACAAAUUAACUUUUAAGAAGGCACACCUGUUAAUUGAAAUGCAUUCCAGGUGACUACCUCAUGAAGCUGGUUGAGAGAAUGCCAAGAGUGUGCAAAGCUGUCAUCAAGGCAAAGGGUGGCUAUUUGAAGAAUCUCAAAUAUAAAAUAUUUUGAUUAGUUUAAGACUUUUUUUUGGUUACUACAUGAUUCCAUAUGUGUUAUUUCAUCGUUUUGAUUUCUUCACUAUUAUUCUACAAUGUAAAAAUAAAAACCCUUGAAUGAGUAGGUGUGUCUAAACUUUUGACUGGUAGCGUAUGUGGACAACUUUCCGUUCCAAAACAUUAGUGAUCUGUAAGUCCUUUUUAAUUAAUCUCUUCUGAUUAGUGGACUCCCUUCACUGUGAUAGGUCAAGUCCAGAGCAAGCAGUGCAUUGAAGAUGUGAUCCGAUUUGUUGCUGAGGAGCACCUUUUCCUGAUGGCUGAUGAGGUAAUUUAGUAAUAAUACAAUCUCUUCUUCCUGAUUUGACCCUUUCUCCCCCUUCUCUAAGGUGUUUCUUCUAGACUAGUUACUCAAUAUGUAUGACUCCCUCCCUCUGUGCCUGCUAGGUUUACCAGGAUAAUGUGUACGCGGAGGGUUGCCAGUUCCACUCCUUUAAGAAGGUUCUGUUUGAGAUGGGAUCAGAGUACUCCAGUGUUGUAGAGCUGGCCUCCUUCCAUUCCACCUCCAAAUGCUACAUGGGAGAGUAAGUCUGUAGCUACACACCCACACAUUCUCACAGAUGGUGACUGACUGCACUACUUGGCUCUUUUAGAAAAAACUAACUUUUGAUACCAUAUUGAUGUGUGUGUGUGUCCCUGACUGUCCUGCAGGUGUGGUUUCAGGGGAGGGUACAUGGAGGUGAUUAACAUGGACCCUGAGGUGAAGUUGCAGCUGACAAAGCUGGUGUCUGUGCGGCUGUGCCCCCCCAUCCCUGGGCAGGCCCUGCUGGACCUGGUAGUCAACCCCCCUCAGGCUGACGAGCCUUCCUAUGCCACAUUCAUCAAGGUCAGCAUACACAUGAAGUGGAUGUCCAGUUAUGAUUCAGCCCUAAAUGUCGAAUAAAGCUUAUUACAGCAUAACAAGUACUGUUCAGUUUUUUAUUUGUGUAUAUACUUUGUGUCACACCUUGUUGGUAUUAUCCUGACCUCUUUACAGGAGCGUACUGCCAACCUGCAUAUCCUGUCUGAGAAGGCCAAGAUGACAGAGCAGGUCCUUAACACGGUCCCAGGGAUCCACUGUAACCCUGUCCAGGGAGCCAUGUACACCUUCCCCCGCCUCACACUGCCAGAGAAAGCCAUCAACGCAGCCAAGGUCUCUUUCCCUCGCUCCCCAUUUCUCUCUCCAAUGUUAUUCAGCCCAUAUGCUCACUCCACCCUCUCUGUCGCUGUGUGUGUAGGAAAAGGAACAGGCUCCAGACAUGUUCUACUGUAUGAAACUGCUGGAGGAGACAGGCAUCUGUCUGGUCCCAGGGAGUGGCUUCGGACAGAGGGAUGGAACCUACCACUUCAGGUUAGACCUGUUCACUGCUACUGUACACUGUCAACGCCAGUGUUUAGUGACGGUUAAGGUUAGAUAAUAACACUGCCUCUUUCUUUCUGUAGGAUGACCAUCUUGCCUGCAACUGAAAAGCUGAAGAAUGUAUUGGAAAAGAUCAGGGAGUUUCAUAAGCGGUUCACAGAGGAGUUCUCAUAACCCCAAACUCCUCCCCCCUCCUCUACCUAGUCCAGUCUGUCACAGAAACCCACCCCUCCUCC